AUGGAUCCUGCCGCUAUUAAUGAAUUAUUAUAUGCCAGUUCAGACGAUGAAAGUUUUAACGAGUAUGACGAUAGUUCCGAUGAAUAUUUUCCUGGUGAUAACGAGGAGCCGGAAGUAAGUGAUGACUCAAAUGUUUCUAGUGAUAGCGAAGAUGAUAUUAUAAGUGAUGAUUGGGAAACCAAUAGAAAUGAAGAACCUCAGUUUAUUCCGUUUACUGGAAAUCCAGGGUUUAACACCAUAUCAAAUCUAUCUACCUGGUAUAAUACUGAUGUAGUUGAAUUAAAAAAGUUUUUAGGUUUGACUAUUUUGAUGGGUUAUUUAAAAUUUCCGACCCUUCGCACUUAUUGGUCACAGAAUGAAAUUGAUAAUCAACCUAUUUUUGGUAAAACAAUGAGUAGACACCGGUACGAAACUAUUUUACGUUCCUUGUGUUUUUACCAACCAAAUUUAGUUGACCAUUCAGACCGGUUACAUAAAAUAAGUAAUGUUACAAAUCAUAUAAUUAAAAAUAUUCGUACCAAGUACCAUCCGAACGAAAAUUUAUCCUUAGACGAAUCUUUGAUGUUAUGGAGGGGCAGACUAAGUUUUCGUCAAUAUAUACCAAGCAAAGGUCAUAAAUAUGGUAUAAAGUUUUAUGAACUGUGUACAAAAGAUGGGUUUAUAUUGGAUAUGAUGAUAUAUAAAGGCAAAGUUACAAUUGAAGACAGUAGAGGUGUAACAUUUGGAAUUGUUGCUAAGCUUAUGGAGCCAUACUUAGGAAAAGGUCAUACAGUAUAUAUGGACAACUUUUACAAUAGUGAUAAUCCCAAAGAUACUUUGAAUGCUAAAUUGAGAAAAGGUGAAGUAGCUCAUGUCCAGAAAGGCAAUAUUCACGUAAUUAAGUAUAAUGAUAAAAGAGAUGUGUGCAUGAUUUCCACCAAACAGAAACUGGAUUUUGUAGAAGUCACAGACAGAUUUGGACGGAAAAAAAUGAAACCUAAUAUUAUUGUUGAUUACAAUAAUAAUAUGUCUGGUAUUGACAGGGCUGAUCAAAUGAUCAGCUACUAUCCUACACCUAGAAAAUGUUUAUGA